AUGAGGAUCCCUGAGGAAUCGCCAGGACAUUAUAAACCUCCAGUGAGAGUUAAACAGAAGGAUGAGGAUAGUGGCCAAGAGAUGGGUACCCCUCCUGAAGUCCAAUGUCUGCAUGAACUAGGGGUCAUUGAAAGGAGGCUAAAGCAGCUAUUUCUAGCAGUAGUUGCACUGAUUAUCCUCAUAGCAAUAACCUGCAUAGGUGUGCAGUGUUCUUCUGGUGUUGAUGAAAAAGCCUACAUGAUUAUACAUGAUGAUGGAAGAGACAUCGAAGAACUUCCCUUAGAAUUCGAUGUGACCAGAAUGGAAACCAAAUGGAAGAGUAGAGCUCAUCUUCCUUGGAAUUAUUUUCCACCAGGUACUAACAUGUCCAACGCGUUUGCAAUUCACAGCUCAGGAGAACAGAGAAAAUAUGAAGCACUUCCUGUGUAUUAUCUCAUGAAAACUUACAGUACUAUGAAACUUACAUGUUUUUUUCCUUUUUUCUCCUUUAUCUAUUGUCAUCACCUGGAGUUUUUCCAAGAAUUGAGCCUGAAAGUACUAAUGGGAUAAGACUGGAAGCAACUUGAAUCUGAUAUAUGGAAUUCUUACACUAAUUAG